AAAAUGAAUUUGCUUUCACCACAAAACAAAAGCGUAAUACUUUUCUUUUUAUUUGCUGGGGUAGCUAUAAUUGUUAGCUUAAUUUUGCUAGUUUUAGCUAUUACCUUCUUCCCUAUUACAAUUGGACUAUUUUUCAUAGUAAAGUAUACACCUGUAAGUAAAAUCAAAAAUAUUAGAUCCGACACACUUUUGUAAAAAUCUAUCAUCAAAUAUAUGACUAUUUGUUUUACUAGAGUGAGAAGCCUAGAAAAAUUUUAUGGGGAUUUAUUUAUGAUUUUAUGUGUGCAUAUUUUCCAUUAAAUAAAUGGAGAGCCAUGAAUUAUGGAUAUGCAAUAUUAAAUGAAAACGGGCGUAUACUCAACAAUUUAGAUGAAUAGUAAGAGGAAGAAAGAUUCUGUCUCUAAUUAUAUCAUAUGGUGGCUACAAAUUGUUUAAAAUUAAAAGAUUUAUAAGGGAAAAGAGUAUUAGAAGUUGGAAGUGGAAGAGGAGGUGGAUUACAUUAUAUUCAUUCAUCUUUAAAACCAGAAUAUUGCGUUGGUGUUGAUUAUUCUUAGAAUUAAGUUGACUUUUGUAAGACAACUUAUGGAUCUAGCCAAAAAUUAUAAUAUAUGCAAGGUGAUGCUGAAAAUCUAACUAAUUUAAAUAUCUAAUCAUUCGAUUUAAUUAUCAAUGUUGAAUCAUCACAUUGUUAUGGCAACUUUUAAAGAUUUGUUUAAGAAGUUACUAAAUUGUUAAAUACAGGAGGCUUAUUUGUUAUUACAGAUUUUAGAGCUGCUUAAGAAAUUAAAUAAUUUGAAUAAGACUUAUAAUCAACUGGACUGGUAAGAUAUUUCAUUUUUAUCAUAGAAAUUGGAAAACAAGGUAGAUAUUACAAUUAAUGUCUUAUAAGCAUUAAAAUUAGAUGAAAAGAGAAAAUAAUAAUGGAUGACUAGACACUGUGGCAUAAGUAUAUCAUUUAUCCUAUUAAUUAGUAUUUAGAAAAUUCUUUAGUAAAUUUAGUGGUGUUUAAAGUUCUCGUAUUUUUUAAGAGUUCAGUGAAAGAAAAACACUAUAUCUAAUUUAUGCCUUAAGGAAGGUUUGAAUAAAUAAAUCAUUUUAAUAAAUUAAAUAUAUC